CAGUGCUAAGCUGGAGGGAGAGAGAGGGGGAAAAUGUGCAAUUAUAGAAUAUCACGUGAAGAGAGUGGAGCCCGAUUUAAAAGCUCAGAAUUUACAUCGCCUCCAGCUUCUCGGAAGGCGAGUCUUAAAGUUUCACCAGGCUGGGCUGAAACUCCUCACACUCAUUCGGCAGACAACACCGGAGCUGCGUCUUGUGGAGUGUUGUUCGCGUCUUGUCAACUGAUGACCACGGUGCAAGCCCCUUCAGCUCCCGAGAAGCCCUGCCUGCCCGGAGUUUCUCUCCCCGCAUCACCUUCGUCCUUCCACAUCACCGCCAACUUCGUGCCGUUGUGAGGGGACGAAGCGGGGCCGGCGUCGGCGUCGGGUCGCCGAGAAGAUGAACGUGCAAGUCCUGGCCGAUCACAAGCUGUCCUCCGUGGCCCCCUUCAAGCCGUACAACAACGUGGAGAAGAAGGAAGUGGAGCUGAUCCUGGUGAAGGAACAGAACGGCGUCCAGUACACCAGCUCCUCCAUCGUCCCCCCCCCGCGGAUCUCGUACCCGACCGGCUCCUCCGAGGAGGUCGACCGAGAAACCUGGGGCAAGAAAAUCGACUUUCUGCUCUCGGUCAUUGGCUUUGCGGUGGACCUGGCAAAUGUGUGGAGAUUCCCUUACCUGUGUUACAAAAACGGGGGAGGGGCCUUUCUGAUUCCUUAUGUUCUGUUUCUGGUCAUCGCUGGGAUGCCCCUGUUCUACAUGGAGUUAGCCCUGGGUCAGUACAACAGAGAGGGGGCUGCUACAGUCUGGAAGAUUUGCCCGAUUUUUAAAGGUGUGGGCUACACUGUGAUUAUUAUAGCCUUGUAUGUGGGAUUCUACUACAACGUCAUCAUAGCCUGGUCUCUGUACUAUCUGCUCUCCUCCUUCACUCACGAGCUUCCUUGGUUGAAGUGUGGGAAUGCCUGGAACAGCGUGAACUGUACCGAUCCGAAGGUUUUCAAUGUCUCGUUUCUAACCAAUGGCACCAAAUAUUCCAAAGAUAAGAACACACCAGCUGCAGAAUACUAUGAGCGUGGCGUGCUACACGUGCACGAGAGCCAUGGGAUCCAUGACCUGGGCCUGCCGCGCUGGCAGCUCACUCUGUGCCUGGUGGUGGUUGUCAUCAUCCUCUAUUUCAGCCUCUGGAAGGGCGUGAAGACCUCCGGCAAGGUGGUCUAUAUCACAGCCACUAUGCCUUAUGUGGUACUGCUUGUGCUCCUCAUCAGGGGUAUCACGCUCCCUGGAGCUAUGGAUGGCAUCAAGGCCUACCUCCACAUUGAUUUCAAACAGCUCAAUAAUGCUACGGUGUGGAUUGAUGCAGCCACUCAGAUCUUCUACUCCCUUGGAGCAGGAUUUGGGGUUUUAAUUGCGUUCGCCAGCUAUAAUAAAUUUAACAAUAACUGCUACAGGGAUGCCCUCCUCACCAGCACAGUCAACUGUGUGACCAGCUUCUUCUCAGGCUUCGCCAUCUUCUCUGUCCUGGGUUACAUGGCCAAAAAACACAACGUGAACAUCGAGGAGGUCGCCACUGAAGGAGCAGGUCUGGUCUUCAUCAUCUACCCAGAAGCCAUUUCAACUCUCCCAGGGUCGACGUUCUGGGCAAUAGUCUUCUUCAUAAUGCUGCUGACUCUGGGCAUCGACAGCUCUAUGGGAGGCAUGGAAGCAGUCAUCACAGGGCUCACUGAUGACUUCAAAAUCUUCAAGAGGAACAGGAAGCUGUUUACUUUUGUGACAGCGUUUGGGACCUUCUUAGUAGCCCUGCUCUGCAUUACAAAAGGUGGGAUUUAUGUUCUAACACUUCUGGACACCUAUGCUGCAGGAACUUCAAUUUUAUUUGGAGUUUUGAUAGAGGCCAUAGGGGUAUCGUGGUUUUAUGGCGUGGACAGAUUCAGUGAGGACAUCGAGCGCAUGAUGGGCUUCAAGCCAGGACUCUACUGGAGGCUGUGCUGGAAAUUCGUCAGCCCAGCCUUCCUGCUGUUUGUGGUGAUUGCCAGUAUCGUGAACUCCACUGAGCUUAAAUACGAUGACUACAUCUUCCCCUCAUGGGCGAACCUGAUUGGGUGGGGGAUUGCAUUGUCGUCCAUGCUCUUUGUGCCCAUCUAUGCCAUCUACAAGUUCCUGAGUGUGCGGGGGACAUGCCGAGAGAGGAUAGCUUACUGCAUCACCCCUGAGCAUGAGCACCACCUUGUGGCUGAGGGGAAUAUCAGGCAGUUCAAGCUGAAGCACUGGCUGGCUAUAUGAGGCGUGCACACCUGGAGUUUGCAGGUGUUCGGAGAAGGCUGUCCACCUCCAGCCCAGUGCACCUGUGGUUCCUCUGAAAAGGGACCUCCUAGGAGAGACCCUUCAGCACUGAACCAACAUUAUCCUCUUUUGUCUUCAGCGAGACAUGGUAUCGGGACUGUUCUUUUAUGGCCACAAUGGCUUUCUUACUCUACCUUUUAAGUACAUUUAUUUUUAACUUAUUUUCAUUUUUUUACUUUCAAGUGGCAAAAAAUCCUUUUUGACCUCAAGUGGCAGGAGACAGAGACUCUCUGAGGAUCUCUGAGGAUCCAGUCUUUUUUUUUUCUUUUAACUUAUUUAUUUUUCAGCAUUUUUAAUGGUAUAUUUGUUCUUUGCACAUCUACUUGGAGGGGGGGGGGAUUCUAAGGAAGAAAUACAAAACCAAACCAGUCUUAGGGAGUGAUACUGAUGCAUAUCAAACCAGUGAGAAGACCCUACAGGCUUGUAAGGUCUGAUUUGUUUUUCCACUUUCUUAAUAUGCUGAUGUCCGCUUUGAAACCAAAUGAUAAAUUCUGAUCAGAAGCUACCCAGAAUAUAACUCUAAAUCUCUAUCUCGCUGUCCGUGAGACAUCAUUUCAGGAGCUCAUAACUGACAAGACCUCAGCAGUCAGAACUGUUGUAUGGCGGUCCUAGGUGGCGUUUUGUCAGGGUGAUGUCAGUGGCUUCCCUUCUGGGCAGUCAGGCUCUCCAAUUUCUUCCACAAUGGAAACAGCAAUUGGCAUCACUGGGAUUUCUGGAAUGACUAGGGGUAUCUUUCAGUUUUAAAAAGAAUUCUACUUUUUCAGGUGCUACUUUGCAUGGUCCGUUUUCACCUCAUGCCCAGGUCACAUUUAUCAAAUUCACCCACAUGAAGGAUGAGGACAGUUGCAGCAUUAUCUCAGUGGGUUCAGUAUAGGACACUGCUGUCUUUAGCUGUGCCAUUCUCUUCAGGUCAGGGGAACUGUUGGGAAAUUGAGCAGGCAGACCCAGAUUCUGGGUCUUUUUAAUCCAACACCUCCUAAUCACCGUCUUUACCAAUCAGUUAAGAAAACCAUUCUCUGAAGCGUGCAGCUCCCAGGUCAUUUGGGUGCGGGCAGCUUUGGAAGACUGCUGCUGACCACUGCUCUGGCUCCCCUGCCUCGCAGUGAGGCAAUGGACCCAGCUGAGCCCCAGGGAUGAGAGCAUCUCGGCUUUCACUUACUCGGCCGUUGCUCCACAGACCUAGAGCAGCAGAUGCAUUUCUUUAGGAGAACCUGCCAGGUAAAAAAUUUUAAAUCUGAUUUAGUCAUUUUUAAUGAAUCAAGCAGGACAUUUUUUUUUACUGAAGCAAAUCAGAAGUCACAUCCCGUGCAAGAUUGGAACCCACUGCCUUGCACCCCUACACUGACAGCCCUCACCACUGCGGCUGGAAACCUCAUGAAUGGAGAGGAAAUCGGGUUGCUGGUGCUGAUCUUUAGUUUGCCUUUGUUUGCCCAGCAGUUUUAGUAAUACUUCCGAGGGAGCAUAUUGCAAUUUAGAAAGCCAGAAUCAAAAUACGCAGUGCAAGAAUAAUUACACAUUUACACAGCUCCUGUUAGUGACAGUCUGCCUUUUGUUAGUGACUUCCCAGAUUAGAGGGUAAUGCAAUUGACCUGGUUGAAAUUCAGUUUCAAGUGGAAUUCAGAGGCCUUCAUCCUUGAGAUCCAGACAACCACCAUCCUGGGUGGAGGUUCCCCUUAAGUGCUCGAUUUGUAGAAGCCAGGACUGUGUGCGAGUUUUGAUCAAUGUAUAAAUUGGUUCACUCAAGUCAGGAAUUGUCAGUCGUUGUCCUCGAGAGCUACAAGACGUUGGCAUUUUCAUUUCAAAUGAUAUCUUAACUACAAUAUUUAACUGAGCCAAACAUGUGCUACCCUUGUCAGAGAAAUGGUCACACGUGACCCAUGUUAGUGGGGUGUAGAAACUGGUGGUUUAUGGUUCAGCUACAGUAUAAAAAUAAGUGGUGAGUGGUUCUAGUCCUAGGCAUUACUCCCUCCUGCUAGGAGUCCUGCUUGGCUGCAUGUCUGUGGGACAGCUCCACACACCGAUUGUAAAGUGUUGUCUCUCCUCUUUACUGGCCAUGUCCAAGGAAAGCGCAUAAUUUAUACAGGAGUGCCCUUCUCAGCAGGUGGCAGUGAGCACCGUCCGGCAAGUCUAUAGGGGUCCUUACAUGUUGAUCCGGAACAGACGCGUUGCACGGAACAAAAUUCAUCUUGCUGUUAAUUUGAAAAAUCUGUUGAGAAUAAAACCUAGAAGUAAAACCCUGCUCAUGAUUAAUUCUUUAUGACAAUAGCAGUAGCCGCUAGGACAGGAUUUGAUGUUAUUAAAAGGGCAUUUUAAUGGGACGUUCUCUCCUCACUGUAGUGGUAUGAAGAGGAUAACUUCCCUUCUUGAGCUUUGGUAUUUGUGUUUAAGACUGUCUUUGUACCUGUGCUACUCACUGUGCCUCUGAAUCCAAAAACGGAUUUUUAAACCCUUAAGGGACUUGUGUACAAUCGUCUUUAAAAGCUUGUUUAGGUUAGUCAUCAUUACAAAACAUCAGAGACGGGUCCUUAGAGGAAGAUGAGAGGAAAGGAGAAACCUUAAAAAUGUUGUUAGCUUCUACAGUGCAGAUUGAUGUAGUUGACCUUUUAUAUUCUCUAUCUAUAGUGAUUAGCCUUUAAAAUAUGUAUAACAAAAUGGAUUUAUCUGACAAAAUGGGAUUUAGUUUCCUCAUCAUUUAUUCCUACUUUGUUUUAGCUUUUAUGAUUCCCAUUUCCUCACUCCGCAAUGCUGCGGUACAUCUUGCAAUGCAACUUUCUUCCAGAGAGUGUUAAUGAGUAUGUGGAGAGUGUGUGUCAAUGUCUCUGAUGCACACAACUUGUUGCUUUUCAAUACUUCAGGAGGUCUUUUGAGUUGUGAAUAGUGUGAAAACAUCAAGGGCAGGUCUAGAAGCCGAAUUUAGCAGAAAACGAGAACUUUUCUUUUUAAGGUUUUAAGCAAACUAGAAUUCUGAAACCAAAAAGUAAGAUUAGCCAAAUUUCCAUUUCCCCGCUUAACCAACAUGCUGUUUUUUAAUGUUUUUAAUAUUUUUUUACAUAAUUUAUUGAGUUUUUAAAAAAGCAAAAAAAUGUACUCUUCUGUUAAAAAAAUAUCUGAACCUAGUAGGAAGCAAGCCACACUUAUAUAUUAAAAUAUUGUAUGUGUGUUAUAUAAAUAUAUACAGUAUAUAUUCUUUUGGUAUAUCUAAUCUUGUAUUUAUCAAAUUGUUUAUAAUGAGACGUGAAUGUAAAGUCUAUUUUCAAUGUAUUCGUCUGCUGGUAUAUCAUGGUGUUUUCUGUAAAUAAGAAGAUAUAAGAACUGUGUACUUCAGUGUAAACUGUGCCAACUGAAUACUGAGGAGACUUGGACUUGCCCUGGUUAACUGAGCUCUGUUUACAGAAUGUUGUGUAAAUUUUAAAGUCCUGUUGAAAGUGAGUGAAACGUAUCUAUAAAAAACUAAAAUAUGCACACAGUUACAAUAAAGGGUUUCUUCUGCACAUACUA